AUGCCGCCCUCCAAACGGUCACGAAUGGCCUCGGGCCAAGACGAAGAAGAUGACGUUGUGGAAGCGCGAUCUACCAUGGCUAAUGAUAGAAAACGAGUCCGGCUGUCUGCCGGUGACGCAGAGGCCUCGAGUAGCAGAGCGGCGGCAGAGACGAAACACUACGAUACCUCUUCAUCAGAAUCCGAAAGCGAAGACGGCGACAGCGAGGACGACGACGCGCCCGCAUCCCCCCCACAGACCCAAUACGAACUGAUGAGAGACAAUGGCUUUCGACAUCUCGCCAAUACGGACUGGGACGACCAGCAGGCCACGCAGAAGAUCAAGCGUCGCACCACGUCGCAGACUUUUGACAACAUGGUCGCCGAGAGCGGCAUCAUUGAAAGCAUCACCUGCUACAACUUCAUGUGCCACGAGCGAUUGCAUGUCGAGCUCGGUCCUCUGAUCAACUUCAUCGUCGGAGAGAACGGUAGCGGCAAGAGCGCUGUCCUCACGGCCCUCACCCUGUGCCUCGGUGGCAAGGCCAGCGACACCAACAGAGGCGGCAGCCUCAAGUCCUUUGUCAAGGAGGGCCGGGAGCACGGAAGUCUCGUCGUCAAGAUCAAAAACGCCGGAUCCGACGCAUAUCAACCCGACAUCUACGGCCCAUCCAUCACCGUCGAGCGUCACUUCUCCAAGAACGGCGCCAGCGGCUUCAAGAUCAAGACAGCGGAGGGCAAGGUCGUCUCGACCAAGAAGCAGGAAGUCGAAGAAAUCUCAGAGUGGUACGCUUUGCAGAUAGGGAACCCAUUGACUGUCCUCUCCCAAGACAACGCGAGACAGUUCCUCAACUCUGCCAGCCCGGCGCAAAAGUACAAGUACUUUGUAUCUGGCGUCCAGCUAGAGCAGCUGGACAAUGACUACAAAAUGUCCCAAGACACGCUCGACAAAACGCUCAUUCUCCGUGACGAUCUCGACGAGAAGAUAGCCCAUGUGAAAAAGGCCAUGGACGAUGCGCAGAGACUCGCCGAAAUUGCCCAAAAGAACCAAGGCCUUCGCGAGAAAGCAAGGCUUUAUCGAAACCAGCUUGUCUGGUCACAGGUCGUCGAGCGUGAAAGGGAGCUUGAGCAGCGCAAUGCUGAUCUCGCUAGGCGUGACCGGGAGCUUGUCUCCUGGCAAGCGGACUGCGAGGCUGCGACAAAAGUGCUCGAGGAAACAGACGAGAUGCUGGGCCGGGCUCAAGAGGCUCGCGAAGCUCUUGCUGCGGAGGAAAACACAUUGGAGGAAAAAGUGAUGGAGGCAGAGGUUGCGUGGCGCGACGCAAAACAGAGGCAAAUGGAGCUGCAGGGCGAAGAGCGCGAUGCUCACAUCCGAUUGAAGACCCUGCGGACCGACAUACUGUCCUGCGAGAAGAAGAUCAAGGAGGAAGAGAACCGGUUGGACGGCUCAUCGGCCUCCGCGCGCGCGGCGAAAGACCAAGAGCUUUCCGAGGCUGAAGCACAUGACAAGCGGCUCGGCGAGCAGAUUGACGAGGCCAAAAGCAAGACGCAAUCACUUAAGGACAAGGCUGCGGAAGCCAAGGAGGCCCUCCGACGAGCGGAGCAAUUCUUACAGAGGAAGAAGCAGGAGGAGAUUGUGGCCAAGAAGGGUGUCAGAGAACUUGAACAGAGCAAUGGUUCGGCUUUUGACGGGUUCGACGCGGAUCUCAUCAAGCUAUCCAAGGCCAUUGAGAGAGAAGGCGGUUUCGAUAGCAAGCCCGUAGGUCCCAUUGGCCUCCACAUCACCCUCCGAAAGCCAGAAUGGUCCAGCAUCCUUGAGAAGACCUUUGGUGAUGUUCUGAACGCGUUUGUCGUCAAGAGCAAGAGGGACCAGUCCAGGCUGUCGAGCAUGAUACAGAGGAUGGGCCUUAAGAAGCAGCCCCCCAUUUACAUUGCGUAUGGAGGCACAAUCAACACCAGUUCCCAGGAGCCCGAUGAGAAGUUUGAUACCAUUCUCAGAGUCCUGGACUUUGAUGAUGACCUCGUGCGGUCGCAGCUGGUCAUCAACAACCAGAUUGAGAAGAUUAUACUGAUCAAGGAACGCACCGAAGCGGAGAAAGUCAUGAUCGAUAACGACGGUCCUCCUCGCAACGUAGCGGCGUGUAUCUGCUUCCACGAUGGAAGAGGGAAACGCGGCCACGGACUGCGAAUCACGAACCGAUUCGGAACUAUAGGCACCAGCCCGGUCACGCCGUCGGGAUUGCAUCCUCGGAUGCAGUCGGACUCUGCUCAGCGGUUACUUGUGGCCAAGGAGAAUCUCAGACAGCUGGGUCUUGAGCUGAAGGAACUCACCAACGAGGAGCGGCAGGCGCGUCAACGACUGAGUAGCUGCGAGUCCGACCUCUCAUCGCACUACUCGGCAAUCAAGCAGUGGGAAAACGAGCGCCGUAGAAUCCAGGCGGACAUCCAGCGAAUCACUGAGGAAAUGGAUGCCUUUGAAGGCGUUGACGGGCGUCUCGUUGCGCUGCGGGAGGAGCGCGAAGCGAAGCGCACCGAAGAAGAGCAGCUCGGCUUGCAGUAUGGCAACCUGAAAUUAGAAAAGCGGGAGCUGAGCAAGAAGACGGAGGAGGCUAGGGCACGUCUCGACGCGGAAAAGGACGUGCAAAAGGACCAUGGGAGCCGCGUGGCAAAGGCAGACGACAAGAUUAAGAAGCUUGAGGGUCUUCGCAGGGUCAAGGUUGCCGAGAAGAACGCUGCUUUCGAGAGGCUGGACAUUGAGAGGCUCGAGAGACGCCGAGCAGAGGCCAAGCGUGACCAGAAGGUGGCAGAGGUGGCCGAUUUCAUCCGGCAGGCGGAGCAAGCGUCGCCGGAUCGUGUCCACAUCCCCGAAGACGAGACAUAUGAGAGUCUCGAGAUCAAAUACCAGAGAGUCUGCGAGCAGCUGGCGCAGCGCGAGGCUCGGCAGGGAGCCACGGACCAGCAGAUCUACGACCGAGCCAUUGAGGCGCGGACGCAGUACGAGGAUGUGAUGAAGAAGACGCGGGACGUGGACGAGACGAUUGCGAGCCUGAAGCAAGCCAUCGAGCACCGUCUUCACCUGUGGAGACAGUUCCAGAGGCAGAUCAGCGCGCGGAUACGCAUCCAGUUUACCUAUCUGCUCAGUGAGCGUGGCUUCAGGGGCAACAUUGACCUUGAUCACCGGGCCAGGCGCGUCAACAUCAACAUUGAGCCCGACAAGACGCGGAAGAGCUCGUCGGGCCGCAACACCAAGACGCUGUCGGGAGGCGAAAAGUCGUUUUCGUCGAUAUGCAUGCUCCUCUCCGUGUGGGAGGCCAUUGGAUCGCCGAUACGAUGUCUGGACGAGUUUGAUGUCUUUAUGGACAAUGUUAACCGAGCGAUUAGCACCAACAUGUUGGUGGAUGCCGCUCGACGAUCGGUAUCGCGACAGUACAUUUUGAUCACGCCGAAUGCCAUUGAGGGCCGCGCUCGGCUUGAUAAAGACGUCAAAAUUAUCCGCUUGACCGAUCCCCGCCAGCGAACCCUUGUCUAA